UUGGGGCAGAGGGGCUGGACAGGGGCGGCGGAGCGUGCGGAGGAGGAGAAGGAAGCGAGGCCCCGAGGAGGAGGAGGAGGAGGAGGAGGAGGAGGAGGACGGGCGCGCCGCGGGGAGGAGACCCCACGCCGCCCUCUCUGGUCAGCUCCCGGCCCGCCCCGCCCCGCCCCUGCGCACACGCCCUCGCGGGCGAGCCACUUUCGGCCGGGAAAGUGCGGGCGGCCCUGGGUGACAGCGCCGCGGGGCCAGUCCCGGGGAAGCCGCGCGCCCGCUCGCGUCUCCUCCGCCGCGUGCCCGGCCGGGGGCACAGCCCGCACCGAGAUGGCCUCGACUACAACGUGCACCAGGUUCACGGACGAGUAUCAGCUGUUCGAGGAGCUCGGAAAGGGGGCAUUCUCAGUGGUGAGAAGAUGUAUGAAAAUCCCUACUGGACAAGAAUAUGCUGCCAAAAUUAUCAACACCAAAAAGCUUUCUGCUAGGGAUCAUCAGAAACUGGAAAGGGAAGCUAGAAUCUGCCGUCUUUUGAAGCACCCCAAUAUUGUGCGACUUCAUGACAGCAUAUCGGAAGAGGGCUUCCAUUACUUGGUGUUUGAUUUAGUUACUGGAGGUGAGCUGUUUGAAGACAUAGUGGCGAGAGAAUAUUACAGUGAAGCCGAUGCCAGUCAUUGUAUACAGCAGAUUCUAGAAAGUGUAAAUCAUUGUCACCUAAAUGGCAUAGUUCACAGGGACCUGAAGCCUGAGAAUUUGCUUUUAGCUAGCAAAUCCAAGGGAGCAGCUGUGAAACUGGCCGACUUUGGCUUAGCCAUAGAAGUUCAAGGCGACCAACAGGCGUGGUUUGGUUUUGCUGGCACACCUGGAUAUCUUUCUCCAGAAGUUUUACGUAAAGAUCCUUAUGGAAAGCCAGUGGAUAUGUGGGCAUGCGGUGUCAUUCUCUAUAUUCUACUGGUGGGAUAUCCCCCCUUCUGGGAUGAAGACCAACACAGACUCUAUCAGCAGAUCAAGGCUGGAGCUUAUGAUUUUCCCUCACCAGAGUGGGACACAGUGACUCCUGAAGCCAAAGACCUCAUCAAUAAAAUGCUUACUAUCAACCCUGCCAAGCGUAUCACAGCCUCAGAGGCACUGAAACACCCAUGGAUCUGUCAACGCUCUACUGUCGCUUCCAUGAUGCACAGACAGGAGACUGUAGACUGCUUGAAGAAGUUCAAUGCCAGGAGAAAACUAAAGGGUGCCAUCUUGACAACUAUGCUGGCCACGAGGAAUUUUUCAGCAGCCAAGAGUUUGUUGAAGAAACCAGAUGGAGUAAAGAAAAGGAAGUCCAGUUCGAGUGUUCAAAUGAUGAUAAACAACAAAGCCAACGUGGUAACCAGCCCCAAAGAAAAUAUUCCUACCCCGGCGCUGGAGCCCCAAACUACUGUAAUCCACAACCCUGAUGGAAACAAGGAGUCAACAGAGAGUUCAAAUACAACAAUUGAGGAUGAAGAUGUGAAAGCACGAAAGCAAGAGAUCAUCAAAGUCACUGAACAGCUGAUCGAAGCCAUCAACAAUGGGGACUUUGAAGCUUACACAAAAAUCUGUGACCCAGGCCUCACUGCUUUUGAACCUGAAGCUCUGGGUAAUUUAGUGGAAGGGAUGGACUUUCAUCGCUUCUACUUUGAAAAUGCUUUGUCCAAAAGCAACAAACCAAUCCACACUAUUAUCCUGAACCCCCAUGUACAUCUGGUAGGCGAUGAUGCUGCCUGCAUAGCAUACAUCAGGCUCACACAGUACAUGGAUGGCAGCGGAAUGCCAAAGACAAUGCAAUCAGAAGAGACACGUGUGUGGCACCGCCGAGAUGGAAAGUGGCAGAAUGUUCAUUUUCAUCGCUCAGGGUCGCCAACAGUACCCAUCAAGCCCCCCUGUAUUCCAAAUGGGAAAGACAACCUCUCAGGAAGCACCUCUUUGUGGCAAAACAUCUAAGGCCUGAAAACCAUUCACAGAUGGGGCUUCUAAAUAUCAACAGUGCCACUUCUGCGUUCUCUGUUCUCAAGGCACCUGGAUGGUGACCCCGGGCCGUCCUCUCCUCCUCUUCAUGCAUGUUUCUGAGUGCAUGAAGUUGUGAAGGUCCUACGUGUAAUGCAUAUGUGAUGCACCAUCUAGUCAUAUAUUCCUUCCUAUACAUUGUUUACACUCCAACCAUGGGGAUGUUCCAUGCAAACUUAAAUUACUGUUGGCAAACAAUAGGGGGAGGUCAGAAAAAAAUUCCACACUAUUCCAAGUACAACCUAUUCAUCAAGUUUCUCUGUUUAUGCCAAGACGUAACAGACUUCAACAUUAUUGUUCUCUGAAUGACAGUUUGUAAGAGAAAUGUAAAUUUUUAAAAACUCUUUGCUGUUAAUCUGUUUUGGCUUGUUUGUUUAACAAAAAAGGUAAAAAAAAAAAAAAAAUACCUUCAUUUUUCUGGUGUGAUCCUGGUUGAAAUGGAUGAUUUUUCACUGAAAGUUUCGUUGCUGUUUAACAAUUAAUGUGGGAUAUGUGAGCAAAAUCACUUAUGAAUGUGGAAGUGAGGGUCAGGGAGUUUGCUCCCCUCUAAAGUCUUGUUGUUUUGGGUCAAACUGUGUAAACUGGAAAAAUUCCCAUCAUUUACGAGUUUGAUCACUUUAAGGUAUACUCGCACUGUUCUGGUGAAUUCGCUGAAUUGAAUUUUUUGUUCCUUUCUCAGAUCUGUGAUGUUUUCUUCAUUUUAUCCCAUCUCUCUGUUCCUUUUGUUUGCUUCCUUUUUUAUUUUUUCCUGUUAGUUUGUGAGAAAAAAGUGAAAUUUACAUAACGAAGGUAAAAUAGAAAUUGAGGCCUUUUGGAGGUAGCUAAACUAGCACUUUUGAUCAUCUUCAGGGCCCACAAAAAGUUGUCAAGAAGAUUGAAACAUUUUCAAUUCGGUUUAGGCUCCAGCUUGGACAUAGGGAUCCUAACUUAUGUUGGAGGUAUUAGAAUUGUUUAAACUUAUGAAAAGGCAGGUCGGUUCCUACUGCACCCGCAGCAUGUCUCCUGACUGGGGCGAGAUGGCCGGGAGAAGCCCCGAUGGUCGCAGAGCAGGAUUUUGUGCAGACGCUCUUCUUUCUGCCUCAUCCAAUGGGCCCUCCUGCGCCGUCACGGGCUGGUUUUCUGAAGUUAGAGAGGCCUGCAAGUGUUUUCCUUUCUCACAAGUGUUUUGAUCUUGAUCUCUGUGACUUGUGCUUUUUUAGCUUCCCUCUUGCAUCAGAGUAACAUUAUCUUCCUGCGAGAAGUGAGGAUUUUCCAGUUUAAAGAAAAAGAAAAGGGAAUUGUGCCGGUUUUCUAGUCCUCCUCAUUUCUCCUUUGUUGGUUCAGCCGCUGUGAGGCGGCUUCUCCCUGAAAUGCUUUCUAGUGCAUGGUAGCUUCCUCAGCGUUCUUUUAACAAUGGUAACCCACCAUCCUCAGAAGCCUGUUUUUAAAGCCGAAGCAAAUGACAAAAACGACAAAAAGUACCCUCCCUCUUUUCUCUCAUUUCACCUUUCUGUGUUCAUGACUAAUCACCUUAGAUAUUGUUGCUAGUGGAUGUAUGGUAGAUGGAUUGAAGCUUUUCUGAUAAUUAUUAUACGAUUUAAGACAAUAUAUAUUUAAAAUAAAUAUAUACAGUAAAUGUAUUGAGCCAUGUUAUCCUGCCAAUGAGAUCUGUGAAAAAGUAAUGGCCUCAUUUUUCCCUUUUUAAUUUCUUUUACCUUUUUGUGAAGCGGCUAUACGUGGCAUACAUGUAUUUUAAAAAAAUAGGUAUAGAGUGGUUUUUUUUUACACUUUUAACUUAGCAUGUGAUGUUGAAUUAUUAACGUAGAUCAAGUUUGUCUUCCGCACUAAGACGUGAGGAAAUUGUGAUUUGUUCUCUCCACCACAACUGAAUUACACAUUAUCUUCUGUCAUUUUGAAACACUGCAGUUUACCAUGGGACACUGUAUAUAUUUCUUGCCAUAAUGGUAAAUGACUGAUUGAUAUAUUUAAGAGUUAAUAAAUUUGUGAUUUCUGCUGACA